ACCCUUGCAUACAUUAUGGCCAGCGAGAUCACCCUCGACGGGCAUAUCAUUGCUCCAUUGAACAUCACACACCCCGGCCCUGUCCUCGAUCUUGCCGGAUUCCAAUGGUGCCCGGUCGGCGGCGGGCCCAAGAAGGCCCCAACAUCCAAGCUUUCCAGGCGCUUGUCUCGCGAUGGCGAGGAGAUACCCUUGACGGAAGACCAGCCGCCGGCAUCGGACGAAGCUCAGGUAGACGAACAGCUCCAUGUCCCAGGAGGACCGGGAUCGGAGCCUGAGAAGAUUCUCCCUUUCCCGCUUGAGCAGUUCAAGGGUUCCUACGCCGGCAAUGGGUUCAACUUGAUUUGGGUCCCGAGCACCUUCCAGACACUCGGCAACUCUUGUGGAGACGGACCCAACGACAAUAGGCUGCUCCUCAGUCUCACCACCGAGCAACUGACCUUUGGCCCGACCCUUGGCAAGAUCCCGAACCGUGGGUUCCGUAACCAGGAGGACAUCUUCCUCGGCGGGCUUGCCUAUCUCCAAACCGUCCAGGAUACGACCAAUGUGGAGACUGGAAAGGGCGAUAAGCCAAGGUCCAGCAAGGGUUCCGGCAUUCACUUCGAGCCCGGCAUAUGGCUUCACGUUCCGGCGGCCGACUUCCAGGGGGGCUGCGACACCAUUUGCCGCAUGGCCUCCAUUCCUCACGGUACGACAAUCAACGCGCAAGGAUUCGUUCCCGAGAGGAACACCUCCACCGUGAUCGGUGGAGAGCCCAAAUUUCCCCAGUUCGACAAGCUUGACACUACGCCAUUCAUUAUCGGGAGGCCUGACGACAAACAAAAGUUCUUUAAAGUGGAGAUGAACGCCGAGAGAGAGAACCUUACGCGACGGGUUCCGGCGAACCUCGAGAAGUUCAACGCCCAAGGCACUGGCAGAAUCACCACGGAGAUCAUCCAGAACCCCAAUCUCGUUCUCCAAAAUGCCAUCGACACCAGCAACCUCGACAUCAAGGAAACAAUCACCUUCAAGGUCACCACAGGCAACUCAAACUCUGAACUCAACGCCGGCGGGACUGCCAACAUCGCCUUCCUCGCCGGCCCGCAAACUCCGUUCGGUGACGACCCGAACGCUCACACCGAGUUCAUGACCUCCACGUUCUACAUCGAGCGGAUCGAGUAUGACGUCGUUGUCGACAAGAUGGAAGAAGGUGAGACGCAGGUCCUGUUGGCGUCGUUUCCUCCCGGAGCGAGGGCGCCUACGCCGAAGUUUGCGAUCACGGCGCCACCGGGUGGUGUCACGGAGAGGAAGACAAUCAAGGUGCCGGGCAUUCAGAUCCAGUAUUCGCAGACCGUGAAUCUGAAUUUUGGGCCGGGCGCAAUAUUGACGUGGCCGCAUGUUAGCGUGGCGACGCUGGUGCCGACGGAUCCGCAGCCGUUUAAGAUAACUGAGUGA